GAAGAGCAGGAAUCCCUUAAGUUCGUGCACCCCACAGCAGAGGAUCCUAGCCCGCAACCCAAAACCAUCGUCUUCCUUUUGCCUCAUUGUACAAGCAGAUCCUACUCCGUCUUCUUCUCUGUCCCGAGUCGGCUUGCGCCAAGAAAUUGAGAUACACGAAUUGAUUCCUAUUAAUUGUGGCGAGAAAUUGUGACACAGAGUGGUUGAUUUCUUCACAUUCAGCAGCCACUGGUAGGUUUAAUUGUCCUGUUGCUGAAAACAAGAUCUAAAAGCAUUAGUUGUCAUCAUAAAAGGAAACUGAAAUACAGCAUUUUACCUUUUGGCUUACUGAUCUUUCAUGGCGUCCUCCAGCAAGAUGGAAGCUACAGGAAAAGAUGACGAGGAAGAACUUCAACGGUUUGAUGAUUUCACUCUUGCCUCUUCAUGGGAAAGGUUCAUCUCUGAAAUAGAGGCAGUAUGUCGGUUAUGGUUGGCUGAUGGCCCAAAGAAUUUGUUGGAAAAAGGUGCAGUUCACUUGGGUUUUUCAAGGGACUUGUAUAAGGUCAAAUUUGAGCUGAAGUAUCUUAUGAGAAGUUAUUGCAUGGAGUAUUACUUUGAAACUACUAGUGCUGGCAAGGUUACAGACUGGAAUGUCUCUAUGCAUGAUUUGCAAUUGUCUUUUGGAGUAAAGGAGUUUUUGGUGAUUGCACCCCAAAGUGCUAGUGGUGUGGUUCUUGAUGCACCGGAGGCUAGCAAGCUUCUAAGUGCUAUUGCAAUUGCUUUGUCAAAUUGUUCUAGUUUGUGGCCAGCAUUCGUUCCAGUGCAUGAUCCUUCUCGGAAAGCGUAUAUCGGCAUCCAAAAUAUGGGAACAGUUUUCACUAGAAGAUUUGAGGCAGAUCGUAUUGGCAGCCAGGUUCCAGUAAAACUCAUGCACUUGGAAGGGUUAUAUGAGUUAUUUGUUUCUAAGUUUGCAUUCACCACAUUGGACGUUUCAACACAUCUUUUCAAAGUCCAUUUUACAAUGAAGCUAACCUACAGAACCCUUCCCUAUGACGAUGAUGACAAUGAUGUUGAUAUUCAAGGAGCUGAUGCUGACAUUACAGAAUCUGGUGGAACUCCUAGAGGUGACACUCGCAACAAAGCUCAAUGGGAUGACGAUUGUCCCUGGAGUGAGUGGUAUUCUGCAGAAGACCCAAUAAAAGGAUUUGAAUUGAUUGCCUUGUGGUCAGAGAAAAUGGUUGAAAACUCUUUGGAAAUGGCUGAAUUGGAAAACGCUUCACCCCAUGAAGCUGAGAAGUGGAUAGUAUUUCCAAAUCUGUCUUCACAGCUAGUUGAUGAUUCGAGAGAAAACACAAUGGGGUUUUCUUCGCAAUUGCUCCUUUUGGUUAAUGCACUGGAUAUGUCCUUUGAAGCUCAAUUUAUGGAAGAUUUUGUAUCAGUUGAAAAAUCUGGUUCUGAUAAUUUGAAGUCCUCAAUGGUCAUACCACCUCCAACAGUUCUGGAUCGUGUACUAAAAGAUCUCUUUCACGAAGGAGUGGAAUCCCCAGAUCUUACUAAGGCUGAGCAUAAGAGUUCUCGAGCCAUUAAAGGCGCACCCAUUGGGUCACUUUUUGCACAGUUUUGUUUACAUUCUCUUUGGUUUGGGAACUGCAACAUACGUGCUAUUGCAUCUCUCUGGAUUGAGUUUGUUCGAGAAGUUCGUUGGUGUUGGGAAGAGUCGCAGCCAUUGCCUCAUAUGGCAGCUAGUGGUGUAAUUGACCUAUCUACUUGUUUGAUCAACCAGAAACUGAAGAUGCUUGCGAUAUGCAUUGAAAAGAAGCGUCAACUGAGUGAAGAUUAUCAAGACAGUAUUGAAAGCAAGGUUUCUACUCCCAUUGAGAUGCAGGAAGACAUUCUAAUUCAGGAGGACUCAUCUCAUAUGCAGACACCCACUGAAGACUUUGAUGGGAAACGUGACAGCCCUUUGACAGCAAAUGGUUUGUAUAAUUCUGGAGCAACCGUGUCAAGGUUUAGUACUGAGCCAGAGGAUGCUGUGGUUUGUGCUGAUCAAAAACCUUCAGAUGGGAUCGGGAGGGGUUCAGCUGGAGUGGUGGGGAAUAUGAUGCUUCUAAACUCACACCAGAACUUGCAUGCUCCAUUCACCCAGGAUGCACCACUAAUGACAGAAGACAUGCAUGAAGAAAGACUACAAGCGGUUGAAGCCUUUGGUGAUUCAUUUAGCUUCUCUGCUCAACUGGAGAAAGAUAUCUUAUCUUCAGACAUGUCAGCAUUCAAAGCAGCAAAUCCAGAUUCUGUUUUUGAAGAUUUUAUCCGAUGGCAUUCACCUGGAGAUUGGGUGGAUGAUGACAUCAAGGAGGGUGGAGUAUGCCGAAGUCAUGCAGCAGAGGGGUCAAAAGAUGAUUGGCCACCUCGAGGACGACUUUCUGAGAGAAUGUCGGCGCAUGGGAAUUCAUGGCGAAAAAUUUGGAAUGAUGCACCUGCUUUGCCAGCUUCUGAGCAGAAGCCGCUUUUGGAUCCAAAUAGAGAAGGAGAAAAGGUCCUUCAUUACCUGGAAACAUUACGACCACAUCAGCUGCUUGAGCAAAUGGUCUGUACCGCCUUCAGAGCAUCAGCUGACACUCUAAACCAGACUAAUUUUGGUGGCUUAAAGCAGAUGACAACCAAAAUAGGGCAACUUUACCUUACUAUGGCUUCUACAUUGAAGCCUCUGCAAUCAAAUCGUUUAUUUGGUGACAGUGAGAUUAUUGAAGACGUAAGACGGCUGUGUGUUGUCUUUGAACAUGUUGAGAAGUUGCUAACCCUUGCGGCUUCUCUUUAUCGCAAGUUCCUGCAAGCACCACGCCUCCGAGAAGCAAUUUUUAGUGACUACUACAACUUUUAUCUUCCAAAAAUGGGAACAGGCUCAGUUGGAGGUGAUGUUCAUAAGGAGUUUGACUCAAAGCAACAAGUAAGGUUCCAUGAGAGACAAGUGCUGGCAAAUAUGUUUACACCACCCACCGCUAAUCAGUCUUGGAGAAAAGUUCUAAGCAUGGGUAAUCUUCUCAACGGCCAUGAACCAAUCCUAAGGGAGAUAAUAUUUUCCAUAUGGGAUAGAGUGAGUGGCAACCACUAUGCAGCCUCCACCAGCCGGGGCUAUGAACAAGAAAUAGAAACAUAUCGGAUGUAUAUAUGUGGAACCUCAAAUGAUCUCCAGGUAGCCCUCUCAGUCGCUUCUUGUGAUUAAGGUCCUACUACACAAUGCAUACAAUCCUAUUCAUUCCUUCAAAGUGUGUGUUAGUGCACACAGUAUCAUGGGCUUGUCCUGGCAUGAUUAUUGUUUCAGGGUGCUCUUGGACAUCCCAUGUAAAUCAAAUACUUCUGUGUUUUACAUGCUUUUGAAACGAAUUCAUUUGUUUUAAGAAAACAUUGUUACACUGGCUA